AUGCCGCCCAAGAAGAACAUUGAGAAGCCUGCCAAGGCCAAGGGCGCGCAGGCCGUGGCCGACAAGACCUUCGGCAUGAAGAAUAAGAAGGGUGGCGCCGCCCAGAAGCAGAUUGCCCAGCUCAGCGCAAUGGCCAAGUCUGGUGGCACGCCGGAGGAGAAGCGUAAACAAGCCGAGAAGGCUCAGCGCGAGAAGGAGAAGCGGGCUGCGGAGGAAGCCAAGAGGGAACUGGCCGACCUGGUCAACAAACCCGCACAAAUCCAGAAAGUCCCAUUCGGCGUCGACCCCAAGACUGUGGUGUGCAUUUUCUUCAAGAAGGGCAAUUGCGAGAAGGGAAAGAAGUGCAAGUUUUCCCACAAUGUCGAAGACGAGCGCAAAGUCAACAAGAAGAGUCUGUACACCGACACCAGAGCCGAGGAGGACGAGCAGAAGAAGGUCGAGACAUCCGCGGAGUGGGAUGAAGAGAAGCUGCGGUCCGUCGUCUUGUCGAAGAAGGGAAACCAAAAGACGACCACGGACAAGGUCUGCAAGUUCUUCGUCGAGGCCAUCGAGGAGGGCAAGUACGGCUGGUUCUGGGUCUGUCCCAAUGGAGGCGACAAGUGCAUGUACAAGCACGCUCUACCGCCAGGUUUCGUGUUGAAGACAAAGGAGCAGCGAGCGGCUGAGAAGGCUUUGAUGGAUAAGUCACCAUUGAAGACGCUCACCCUUGAGGAGUUCCUGGAGUCCGAACGACACAAGCUCACAGGCACACUUACACCAGUAACGCCAGAGUCUUUUGCCAAGUGGAAGAAGGAGAGGUUGGACAAAAAGGCUGCCGAGGAGCAGGCGAAGAAGGCCAAGGAGGCCACUGGUCGUGCGAUGUUCGAGAGCGGUACCUGGAAGGAUGAUGACGAGUCCGGCGAUGAGGACGAUGAUGACAACGACGCCUGGAAUAUGGAGAAGUUGCGAGCAGAGACAGAGGCUGCGCGGGAAAGAAAGGAGGCUGAACGUGUGGCUGCUCUCCACGGCACGGCUGUGGGCGCCAUGCUGGAGUCAACGGCCCCCGUCGUCGAAGCGUCCGGGUCUUGA